ACCAUUAGUAGUCUCUGCAGUCUAUCAGCGCUAUCAGCAGUGUUAAGUCAUGCGUGUGCCUGUUAAGUCGUCUUGUGCCAGUGCUAAAUGAUACUCACAGGUUAGCAUGAAUCAUCUUCCAGUUGCCUCACGUUUCCCUUGUAUGUGACAGAAAAAGCGAAGAAAAAGUGCGAUGUCUUUAUGAAUGGUUUCCCAACAUGGGGUGUAACCUAGUUGUUAACGAAACUCUCCUGACAUAUCCAAGCUUCAGACAUUAAAAUUUCCCAGGCAGAAUCGGACUUUUACGUUUUGCCGACGGAAAAUAUUGGCAGGCAACAGUACACACCAUAGUUCCACUUCGCAGGUUUCGUAGGCUUUUAUACAAGGAUGUGAUUGGUAGCGGCCCGGGCAAAUUGGAAAACAAACCUGGCCGCGAUUUCCGGUAUUGUUGAUGAACUCCUUUGUUUGCGAAACAGAUAUAAUCGAUAUUUGCGCUUCCCAUAUUAAAAGUACAGUAGUGUUUUUGCUCGAUUUGAGAAAAUGGAUUCCUCUUCGAAAUCGUUCGCUGAUGCGGUAAGAGGGCAGAAGACAAACAGUUGGUGGAGGAAGUAACCAGGCAGAGGACGAGGAGGAGGCGAUGUUGACUGCCAUCGAAAAAUCACGGGAAAUUGUAAAGUGGAUGGUUCAAGCGAUAAAGAACCAACUUCGGGAUUCUGCCGCAAGCAUAAAAAGGAGGACAGGAAAACAAAAAACAGCUUCUCUACUUUACAAGCUUGAAUAAGAUAGAGUACUACUCCAGCAAGGUGACACCUGGCGCAACAAUACAAGUGUGAGGAGUUGGUUAAGACCCUGCGUGACAUUUGUGCCAUACUAAAGCUUCACAUUAUAUUGAUUUAAAUACAGCGGUUGAGCGAGCUUGUAAACUUCCAACAAGAUCUCCUAAGAGGCAGAAAAGCGAGGUCUAAAGUGUGUUACCUUCUUUCCCAGGGUUUUCUGAACGCUGAAAAGACUGCCACAUUUUCGGAAGCAAACCCCGGCCAUUCCACGUAGAGCAUGCCUGGACAUCGUCUUUCAAAAAGGGAUAUUGAGGCUAUGGCCGAGAAGUACUUUUGCAUGUAUUGUCUACUUCUUUUAAGAGAUGCCAUGCAGACGAGUUGUGGACAUUUUUAUUGCCAGUCAUGUUUGGUGAAUCUCAUUAAGGAUGAAACAUCCAUGGUGAUGAUCUGUUUGAAAGAUCAGACAAGGCUUCUGCCCACUCAGGUUUUUGCAGACAAAUUCAUGCGAAGAGAAAUACUUGCUCUUGUCGUGUACUGCACAUUCGUGGAAGACGGGUGCCAAUGGAAAGGAGAAGUCAGACAUCUAGAGAGCCAUACCUCGACUUGCGAGUUCCUGAAAUUACCGUGUGUUCAUCCUGGGUGUGGUGUAUUAGUGAAAAAAGCUGAUCUUACAAAGCAUUUAAAGGAGGAAUGCAUGUACAGAUUAGAAAAGUGCCCAUUUUGUCAACAACAAAUCAAUCUGAACAAAAUGAAGGUGCACCAUGAAACGGAUUGUCCUGCAUAUCCAGUUCGUUGUGGCAACUGCAACAGAGAGGACAUUCCUCGUAGACGGCUGCGAGAUCACCAGGAUCCAACUUUUGGAGACUGUGAAAAUGUGGAGGGCCCAUGUCCAUUUUCACAUAUUGGUUGUCCAAAGAAAGAGGUCCUAAGCAAGCGAGAAAGAAAGAAACAUGUGGAAGAGGCAAAUACAUUUCACACGUCUCUGCUUCUUAAACAAAUCUUGCCGAUGACCAAAGAGAUUGAAGGUAUUUUGACUCGAAACCCCUCAGUCAUCUCCAGAAAUCCUCAGCUCCUUUCAAACUUUGAUGGGGUAGUUCAAGAUAUUCUUAACCAGUUACAAAGUGGUACAGAAGAGAGAAGAAACCAGGAGGCCAAAUUAAGAGAGCACAGUGAACGAAUAACCCUUCUAGAGAGAACUGUGGCUUUAGGGAAUGUUUCGGGAACGGAGGCGUCUGUCCGACGUCUCCCUGAAGCUGAAGGGGAUUUACCAUCUGGUGAAAACUCAAGAAGGCUAGUCAAUCUUGAAAACAGAACCGCUGACCAUGAAGUACUUCUGGUCGAGAACAAUCGCACAAUGGAGGAAGUUAGGCGUGAUGUCGGUAACAUUAAGAGGCAACUUGACAAUAUACAGGAGAGCUCCAGAAGGCAUGACCGAAGGAUUGAAUCUAUUGAGCACACACUCGCUCUCAGGAACGUAACCUUGGCAGAUUUGGAGGAGUACGUGAGACAGCAAGAAUUCUCAAGCUAUGAUGGCCAGCUGUUGUGGAGGAUUUCUGAUUAUGCUCGCAAACGAAACGAGGCAGUGACUGGACAGCAAGUCUCCUUCUAUAGCCCGUGCUUCUUCACUAGUCGCUACGGUUACAAAAUGUGUGCCCGAUUUUACCUGAACGGGGAUGGAAUGGGCAGAGGAACGCACAUCUCUAUCUUCUUUGUGGUCAUGCGUGGACAGUAUGACGCGCUCCUCCGCUGGCCAUUCAGACAGAAGGUAACCUUCAUGUUGCUAGAUCAGGAUAACGCAGAACACGUGAUUGAUGCCUUCAGACCUGAUCCGAAUAGCUCAUCCUUCCAAAGGCCAAGAAGAGAAACCAACAUCGCCAGUGGGUGCCCGAUGUUUUGUUUGCUGGCUGAACUUAAUAAUCACGCAUAUGUCAGGGACGACACCAUGUUCCUGAAAAUCAUAGUGGACACUACUGACUUGUAGACAAUCCUGACCAAAAAGAAAGCCUUCGAGAAAACUCUUCCGUGGGCUUAGGGGUAGGAAAGGGAUGGAGAGCUUGCAGAUCGUUCCCUCAAAGGCGGCCCAGGCAGUAUAAGAGCAGUUUUUUUAUAUCUACGUUUUACGAACACCGUUUGAAUUUGCAUUUAUACAAGAAUACGUGCAGAUAAAAGAAAACCUUUCUAAAAUAUUUCUUAAAAUUGAAAAAGGAAUCGAGCUGAAAAUGACUUAGUUCGACCUUUUGUGAUUUCGUAAGUUACCAUUUUCCUUCUGAAGCGUCUUCAAAGAUCUCGUGGCGAGUUUUAGAUUUGGUUUUCCAAAUGAAUAAAUUGUUUGCAGGCUUGUUGGAAAAUAAGCUACCUCAAGCUUACUAACCAAGUUCAAAGUUCCAUAAAUUUCGUGAAAACUGUCCGAACUCUUGAGAAUUUGUUAGCAUUGGAACUGGCGAUGAUGUGUCUUUGAGUUCGACGUUUCAAUGUGCGUUCUUGGUGGUGAUUUCUGAGUGUACCUGGGUCGGUUCUACUUCCGCUUGAUUCGACCCAGGAGUCCUCCCACCUCAUUACUGGAAAUACACUAUGGCCUGAUCGAGGGAAAGUGGUGCCACGGAUGAAAUACCAUAAUAAUUUUUAUACUAACAGGGUUGUGAGACGAAAAAAGGCCUGAAAACUUAAAAAUCGAGCGCCUAGCAAGCGGUUGACAUAAAAUCUUGAACUACAAAUGCUUCGAACUGCAAGACCCAUUUUUGAUAGUUUCACUUGAGGUAAUUGUAAAGAGUUUGCACUAUUUUCAUAGAAUUAAUGGAGCUUCGAAUUGGGUUGGACAGCUUGAGCUUUCCAGUUCGGAAUCCUCCAAGUGAUUCAAAUUACGGCUGGAAAAUGAAUAACGAACAAACUGACUGAAUUCAACAAAAUCUUUUAAAUCCUAUCCGCCGUGUUUGGACCGGUAUGCGAAAAAACAUUGCUUCUGACUUUUACGAUAAUCAGUGCUCUUUGAUUUGGUUAUCAAUGGGUUAAUGCUCAAGUAUGCUUGCCCUUUCGUAACCUCAAGAGCGGCAGAAACAUUAGGUAGAAAAUAGCAGUUUUGUCGUAUUUACUCGGUUUCACAGGUUAAUGUAUCAAAUUGAUGUCUGAAAUUCAAAUUUAUAGGAACAAUCUCAAACUCCCCCACUUUCCCAUCCCCGAUCCUGCUGAGGAGCUUUCUUGCAAGUAAGGAAAAGAAGCGAUAUCUAUUCAAGACACUUUUGCAGAGCGUGAGCGUUGAUUGGACGAGAAGUUCCCUGUAAAUAAAACCACAAGAUUUCCCGAGAGACGUCUUUCUGUGAUCCUUGAUUCUUCAAGUGGUGUGAUGCUCAAGACGUCUUGGUUGAGACAUGUCAGAUUUCAUACCUGACGAAGAAUUUUUUACUCCUUGUUGUUCAGCCUCUCCACCAUGUUACGAACUAUUUUUGGUGUUACUGAUCCACCAGGGACUAUGAUGUAGCUUUUCUGGCUAUGUUAUGCCAAUAUUGAACCUACAGAUAUUCAAGGAUGUUGCUUUCAGUACGCCUUUCUUGCUUCAAGAACGCCUCUCUUGGGAGCACUUAUCUAAAUUUCGAUGAAGAUUAACUUAUGUGUU